AUGUCGACGCUGCUGAAUUUGGACAGCUAUCGCCAUGAGAUGUACGAGCAACAGCAGCUGCUGGGCGGUUCGGCCAACCAGUACACCAUCCUGUCGAUGGACACACCGUCGACGGCAGCAGGAACAGUGGUCAGUGCUGGAGAGUCGCACCAUUAUACGCUCGGUACGGGCCGAUCCUAUGCCAGUGCGCUUUCGCCAUCGUCAUCGUCUGCAUCGCCAUCGUCGCCGUCUUCGGUAGCAUCGCCCAACAGCCGUGCCAGCAAUAUGUCCCCGCAGUCUAGUGCGAGCGAUCACAGUGCUUCCUACACGCUGCAAAACCUGAACCUUUCCAACAGUGCCGGCUCGAUGAACUAUCCCGGUAUGGGCUAUCAACAGCAACAUCACCAGCCCCAGCAUCAGCACCAACAGCAGCAGCAGCAGCAGCAGCAUCAACUGCAACAGCAGCACUAUUACGCUCCCCAGCUGCUGAACCUGGACCAGGAACAGUUGCCGUCCAGCUUCACCUACACGACCUCAUCCAACGAAGCAUUUGCACCACCGGAACCGGACUACAGUGAACCGCAUCUAGUGAUAUUGGAGCAGCCGGUGGACAAGUUUCGCUUCCGGUACCAAUCGGAGAUGCACGGGACGCACGGUUCGCUGAUGGGGAGCCGCACGGAGAAGGCGAAAAAAACGUUCCCCACGGUGGAGCUGCGUGGCUACAAGGGGGAGGCAAAGGUGCGCUGCUCGCUGUACCAGGUCGAUCCGCAAAGGCGCGCGCCCCAUUCGCACCAUCUCGUGAUUAAGUCCGGCGAGCUGGACCUGAUCGAUCCACACGAGCUGGACGUUGGCGGACCGCCGGGUGAUUCCACCGAUGGGGGCGGCAGUGGUGCCGGGAACUAUGUGGCCACCUUCCAGGGGAUGGGCAUCAUUCACACGGCGAAGAAAUUUAUCGCCGAAGAGUUGUACAAGAAGCUGCGCAAGCAUCGGCUCUGCGAGCUGAACCGUGAGCCGACCGAGCGGGAAGAGCAGCAGAUGCAGAAGGACGCCACUACGAUGGCGCGCACGAUGAACCUGAACCAGGUGUGCCUCUGUUUCCAGGCGUAUCGCGUUGAACCGGGCACCGGGAGCUGGGUGCCGCUUUGCGACCCAGUCUACUCCAACGCUAUCAACAAUAUGAAAAGUGCCCUCACCGGGGAGCUGAAGAUUUGCCGGCUGAGCACCACGGUUAGUGGUGUGGAUGGAGGCGAAGAAGUGUUUAUGUUUGUCGAGAAGGUUUGCAAAAACAACAUACAGAUUCGGUUUUACGAGCUGGACGAGUACGAUCGGGAGGUGUGGGAGGAAAAGGCCAUUUUUUCGGAAGCGGACGUACACCAUCAGUACGCGAUCGCUUUCAAAACGCCACCGUACCGCAACAAGGACAUUACGGAACCGGUCGAGGUGCACAUGCAGCUGUUCCGGCCGCGCGACCGAUGCCAGAGCGAAUCGGUGCUGUUUAAGUACAAACCUCGACCCGGUAUGAUGGUGCCCGGUAGCAGUGGCAGCGGAUCCCGCAAGCGACUUCGCAUCAGCUCCGGUAACAUAUCGUCCGAAAUUCCGACAGUUAUCCCGAACGAUCCGAAUGGAUCGGUCGGUCCGGCUGGAGGUGGUGGUGGUGGUGGUGGAAGUGGACCUAGCUCGACCACCCGUUUGCCACCCUUGCAUCAACCCUUCCCAAUGUUGGCCAACCAUGACGGUACCAUUCCGGAGGGUCAUGAACCAUCGUCAACGACGGCAAUCACCACGACGACCACGGGACAUCAGAGUUCACAUCAUCAGGACAUUAUGAGUGGAAUCGGUUCGACGACCACAAUCAGCAAGGAGCUGACGAAGGCGAGCAUCAUCCAGGAGAUACUAAACAUUCCAACCACGAUCGCGUCGGACGUAGCGUUUGAUUCGAGCGAUUUCCCCUGUAACUCGGAAGAAUUCAACAAGCUUAUCCAGGAGAUUGGCAACCAGCAGGAUUUGGUGAAGCUGGAAACGGACGCGGAAACGGUCGGUGACACGGAGAGCGUACUGGGUCGGGCAAUUGCCGAUCUGGUCGCAUCUGGCGACGAUGCCCGACAGGGUGAGAUGUUGCGCAAGCUGCUGGCGCUGAUUAAACUGUUUGCUGGCGACGUUAACCGGUCACGGCAGCUGCUGGCUUCCCACUGGACCGCCGCUAACCAGCAGCAGCUCAACUGUUUGCACGCGGCCGUCCAGCGCAAUGAUACGACGGUUGCGUGCAAGUUGAUCGAACUGUUGGGUGAGUUGCGGCUCGCGGACGAAUUGUUGGACCUGCCGAAUGAUCGCAACGAAACGGCCCUGCAUCUAGCGGUUUCCACCGGCAACGGACCGAUCGUGGAGGCGUUGCUAAACGCCGGCGCCAAGCUUAACUUUUGUGAUUACCGUGGCAAUACGGCGCUGCACCGGGCGGUGGUGGAGAAUGUGCCAGAUAUGGUGCGGUUGCUGUUGCGCCGCGGAAAACCCGGAGAUUCUCGGCUGGAUUGUACAAAUGACGACGGUUACACACCGGUGCAAGCUGCCGUGUAUGCUCGAAAUCUGAAAAUUACGCGCAUCUUGAUCGACGCUGGUGCCUCGGUGUGUGAGAAGGACCUGAAGCACGGCAAUAACAUCUUACACAUUGCAGUGGACAAUGAUGCGCUCGAUAUCGUAAACUACAUACUGGAACAUGUAAAACAUGAGCUGGGCGACGAGCAGAACAACGCCGGCUAUACCCCAUUGCAGUUGGCGGACGCUAAAAGCCAUACCGGGCCGGGAAACAACAAGCUGAUCGUGCGGGAAUUGCUGCGCCACUAUCCGGAUGGUUUGCAAAAGGCUGCAAAAGUAUCCCGGAAGGAGGCGACAGAUGAUAACCCCGAUCCGGAAGAGGAUGUUGAUGAAGACGAAGAGGACGAAGAAGAUGACGAAGAAGAUAAGGAAGAGGAGGAAGAAGAAACAGUGGCUUCCAUGAAGGAAGACAAAGCCAACGUGCUUGAUUCGAUCAACCUUAGCUGCGACCGUGCCCACAUAGCACGGUUGCUGGAGGAACACGAACCGGAAGCUGAACCACAGCGCAAAGCGACUAAACGGUCGGAUGUCUGCGCUGAUCAUACUGAAUCAUCCGCUGCGAGCACGCUGUUCGAUGACCAGUGCAUGGACGAGCUGUGUAAACAGUUGAACGAGGACGACAGCUGGCGCACGUUGGGUUCGUUGCUUGAUUUUCAUGCGUUCUUCACCGUUUGGGAGCAGGUGCCAAGCCCGGCACGGAUGCUGCUUGGUUAUUACGAGAUGCAGCAGCUUAACAUGGAUCGGCUUAUCGAUAUGCUGCGGGUGCUGGAGUUCCGUGAAUGCAUACAAAGCAUCGACGAAAUGGUCUGUCGACGGAUGAAGUAG